CGGGUGACUGGUCUGGCUGCUUCCUUGUCUGGUUUUGGGUGAGAGCUGCUUCGGGUGGGAGGUGUAAUGAAAGGCUGCGCUGCUGGUUGGGGUUUAAAAAUCGAGUUCAGCUGGCUCAGGGUGCAGUGCUGCCCUGUUUCCCCUCUGGUUUCUUUUUUCCUCCCCCCCAGUGCUGCUUGUGAGAGGUUUAGACGAAGGGCAAAGCACGCCUGCUUGAAGGAAAAGUGAAACUAAAUGCGUUUACUGAAAGGCAGUCGAGCUGGGGAAACGAAAAUGAAAACGGAGUGUACCUGACCAUGGGCUUGGGAGGGGAGGCAGCCCUGGCCGUGGAGCUGUGGCCUGAGGUGCUUCCAGGGGGAGAAUCAGGCAUUUAGCUUGGCUGUGCUGUUUGCCUGCUUUUUCAACCCCUUAAAUCUCUACCCAGGUUGUGAAUCAAUCCAAGAAUGAACAAAUACAAGAAGCCUUAUGCUGACCAGGCUACAAGCCUUGAAAAGUUCAGUCCUGAGAUAGUCUCUGAAAUUGAGAAGCUCUUCACAAAGAAGUUUACUUACAGGAAGCCUGUGAAUAAUGACUGGCAGCUCCCGAAUCCCAACGAUGCUUUCACGUGUGAUCACAAGGAGUUGGACUCACUCCUGGCUCUGAAGGACUCCAUGAAUGAAGUGAAGAAUCAACUGAGUGAUAAGAAUUUGGAGGAGUGGCACCAGCACACUUCACUUACCAACAAAGCAGGGAAGAUCAUCCCUCAUGUGAAGAAAUCAGUGAAUGCUGAGCUGUGCACCCAGGCCUGGUGCAAGUUCCAUGAGAUCCUGUGCGCUUUCCCUCUUCUCCCUGAAGAAGCUCUUCAGGACGGAGAGCUGAAUUCUGUCCACCUCUGUGAAGCACCUGGAGCUUUUGUAGCCAGCCUCAAUCACUACCUGAAAUCCCAGCAGGUCCCUUGUGACUGGAACUGGGUGGCCAAUACUCUCAACCCCUACCAUGAAGCCAACGACACCCUCGUCAUGAUCAUGGACGACCGACUCAUAGCAAACACGUUGCCCUCGUGGUACUUUGGCCCAGAUAACACUGGGGAUGUGAUGACUUUGAAACAUCUGAUGGGGCUUCAGAGCUUUGUCAGCAACAUGAGCACAGUUCACUUGGUCACUGCUGAUGGCAGCUUUGAUUGCCAGGGCAAUCCAGGCGAGCAGGAGGCUCUUGUCUCACCCCUCCUUUACUGCGAGGCUGUCACUGCUUUAACGAUCCUGGGCACGGGGGGAUCAUUGGUUUUGAAGAUGUUCACCCUGUUUGAACACUGUUCUACCAAUCUGCUCUUCCUGCUGAACUGCUCUUUUGAGGAGGUCCAUGUCUUUAAGCCAGCCACUAGCAAAGCUGGGAACUCAGAGGCCUACGUGGUUUGUCUUCGUUACAUGGGCAGGGAAGGCAUCCACCUGCUGCUUUCCAAGAUGAUACAGAACUUUGGAACAGAAAUGGUCAACAAAGCUCUUUUCCCUCAGCAUGUGCUACCAGAAUCUUUUCUUAAAAUACAUGAGGAGUGUUGCAUGUUCUUCCACAGGUGCCAGGUAGAGACUAUCUCUGAGAACAUCCAUCUCUUCGGGCACGUGGGAGAGGCAGAGCAGGCCAAACUGAACAAGCUGAGAGACUGUGCAGUGGAGUUCUUCAUGCAGAGGCUUCACAUGAAACCCAUUGCCAGGAAUAAUUGGCUGGUCAAGAAAUCUCAGGCUGAUUGCAGCAUGAAUGCAAAGUGGUUUGGGCAAAGAACCAAGUAUUUUAGGACAUACAAUGAAAGGAAGAUGCUGGAGACCCUCACGUGGAAUGAUAAAGUGGCAAAGGGCUAUUUUAAUCACUGGGCUGAAGAACAUAGUGUAAAUAAUUCUGGUAAAAUGUGCAUCUUGGAAGGAUUACCUUCUAACCUGGAGUGUGGCUUGUGGUACGUUUUGGAAGGAAAAAGACUCCCAGUGGUAAAAUGGUCUCCAUUCUGUGAUGGUCAAGUCUUGGCAAAUCUUAAUGAAGCCAUGAGGGACUUGGUGGGGGGGAAGCUGAAGCUCAGACAGAUGCUGCAGAGUUGUCCCUCCUGUGAAGUUCUUCCUGGGGAAGUGAUACUGGCAGAAGUGUUGGAUCUUUCCAGGUGUCAUCAGGAAAUCGGAAAUGAAAGAUGCAGGGACCACUUCAAGUGCCUUGUGGUGGACUUUCCAUCCUUCUCUGAUGCCAAAAGCCAACCUGGGAUGGAAAUCCAGCUCCUGGACUCAGCCACACUGAGGAAUUUCAGCUUCUCCUUGCUUUAUGAUGGAGAACCAAAGUACCAGCAGCAGCUUUUGGAGUGUCUUCUGCGUUCCUUGGCUCAGCUCACAGUGGGAGACUCCUUGAUUUUGCCUGUUCUCUCUUGUUUUACACGUUUCACAGCUGGCCUGGUCUUUAUCCUGCACUGCUCUUUCAGAUGUGUCACCUUUGCUUGUCCCACCUCCCACCAGCCUCUGAGGGCUAGUGCUGCUCUGCUGUGUGUGGGUUUCCGAGGCCUCCCAGCUCCAGUUGUUGAGUACCUGCAGCAUCUGGGCCAACUCCUCAGCUCUUUACUGGACACAGACUCACCCCAGCAGGUGUUGCAGUGUGUGCCCAUGGAUCUUCUCCUGCAGGGCAAGUUCCUGGAGUUCCUGUGGGAUUUAAACACAGCCAUUGCAAAGAGACAGCUCCACUUGCUUGUGCAAGCCAAGCAGCAGGAAGUGACUAGUGAUCUUUCACUUUAAAAUGCUUCUAGUGUUGAGCAAGCAGCUGCUAGACCUUGUUUCACAGGCAGGUAGAAGGUGUUAAAACAUUGUUCAUGUUACUGUAAAACCUUGGUGUGAGCUUGUGAGUGCUGGGAGGGUGUUUAGAGCUCUCCAUCCCCCUUGCAGCAUCUCAGCCUGACUGGUGACUCAUUCUUGGGCGUGGGGGGGGACUUGGGAGGGACAGGGCUGGAAAUGGGGAACAGUUUCUCCUCUGCCACAGCUCUCCCCCAGCAGAUUUUGCUCCUUACUACCUGUGACCUUCAUGAUGAGAAGGGAGUGUUGUGCUUUAUACGUGUUGCCUCAGGCUGACUGAUGGGCUUACCCUGUUGUGUGACCCUCUUCUGUGGAGCAGAACAUGGGAGUUCUGCCACACCUGCAGACUUGCCCAAGGCUGGAGAAGCUGAAAUGGGAAGUUUGGGCCAGAAUUCCCAGCUAUCCUCAUGUCAGGAAUGAGGGGAAUGAGCAUCUUGUGAGCAGGCAGGUGUGUCACAAGGGCUGGGUGAGCAUUGGCUGCCUGUGAGCAGUUCCAGAGUUCUCCAGGAUGGAUGCUCUUUGGUUUUCAUUUUGUCCAGGGGAAGAGCAGGAGGCUGCCUGGCUUUUGACAGGUUCUUGUAUGGCUUUGCCCCCCCAUCAAGGAAUGGGCUGUUGUAAUGAUUUUUAAGUGGCUGAGGGGUCCUCUGUAAAAGAAUUUGAGACUCCUGAGUGAAAGGGAAGACCAGAAUGUCUGUGGCUGAUAUUGUGUGGAACUGCAAAUGUUUUUCAGGCUAAAAUCAUGCUCAUGCACAGCUGUGUGUUUUCAGAAAUGCUCUGGUACCACUGCAAGAAGAUAAAGCUGAAGAAAUAAGUGAUAGUUUUCUUUGGGCAAAGUACUAUUAAGAUUUCAGUUGGCUCCCCUUAAGGAUAAAACCAAUGAAGUUAGUAACUUGACUGUUCCUUUAAGAGAAGACUUUUAUUUUUCCAUGUUGCUCCUUUACUGGCUGAAUUUGGAGGCCUGACUUGUCUGAAUUCACAUUUAAGUUUGCAGUUGAUGUGGAAAAACCUGCUCAGAGGGAGCAAUGAUUUUGAAAGGGAAAAAAAAAAAGGCUUUGCUUUUGAUCUGGUAGGAAAAAAAAAAGGUUUCAAGAGUGGAGAUAGAAGGAAAAUGGUCUCCUGAUGAAUGACCAGUCACCUUCUGGAAGCAAUUCUAAUUAUAUAAUGUGGGUGCUUGAAGGAUAAUUGAUUAUGGAUAAGGGAUUAAAAGUGCUGCUGAAAAACUGUUUUGUCUGGAGGUGCUGCACAUUUAAUAGGCUUUUUUUUUUUGGGUGCCACGUUGAUUGGGACAGAGUUGAAUGCAUUUAACAGGUCAUUUUUUAUUUAAGAACUUGGUAGGUGAAUGAGCUGAUGGCUCAGGUCUGACUAAUGCCUCACAGCUCAAAAUCUCCCUUUUUGCAGCUGCAUGUAAGUAGAAGCUGCUCCACAAAAAGCUGCUGGGAUUGGACAUUGUCCAUUUUAAUUUAUUGAAAUGAACUUGGGAUUUUUUUUUUUGCUGUGUUUAUUCUCUCAGACCAGGAAGGAGCAGAGACUGCACAUUAGGAGACACCUGCAGGAAUGACUUCUCCUGUAAAGAAUUUUUGAACCUCUUAAGAGCACAAGCAGGGGCACAGAUGAACUUGAGGAAUAAAAAAAAUACUGAAAACCAGAAUAAAGGAAGGGGGAGGAAAUACUGUGGAAGGACAGAUGGUGAGACAGCAUCAAAGCUCACCUGGAGGAGCCUUUUUUAAUCUGAAAUAAAAAGCAGGCUGAAGGAAAGGCACCCCUCUGUCUCUGCCACUGUUCCAGGGGUGAUUGGUGCUUCUGAACCUGUUGAGCUGGAGCACUUGGAGAUUUAAAGUAGGGAGAUGAGGUGCUUGGGGUGCAGGGUGUGCUGCCCUGGAGGAUCAGUAGGCAGGAGCAUCUUACCUAGUAGUUGUUUUUUUAAUAUGAUUAAUUUUUAAAUGAUUUUAUAGGUAAAAUAAAAUCCUGAGGUGACUGACAGAUUGUAAGACAAAAGACAUUUAUUUUUUCAAGCUUUCCCUGCUCUGUUCUUCAUCUGAACUUGAGAUUCCUCCCAUCCCAUUCCUCCCCUCUCAUCAGUCUCCCUUAUUUUUCAUCAAUUUUUUAGGAGAAGACAUUUUAGAUGGUCAUCAGGUGCCUACAAGAUACACUAGACUGAGCUAGGAGGGAAAAAUUACCCAUUUGGAAGUACCCAAAGAAAUUGUGCAGGUUCUUCUGUGGGAAGCCUGGUCUCUAAACUGAAGGAAGUCCAGUGUCCUCUGGAUCCUGGAUUGCUCUGCAGCUUUUUUGUCUGUUGCCAGACAUGAGAUGAUGGGAGGAGUUCUUUGUUGGCAGCUGAUCCUUCUGAUAAAAAAGAAAGGAUGUUCUUUGGAGAGUCUUUUUUUUUGUUGUUAAUGUCUCAACAGCAGGAGUUUCAAAGUUAGGAAUGACACUUGUCCUUUUAAUCAUGAGAAUCUUGCACUGUCCUGGCUGUCUUUAGACCAAAGAUUUCUAAGGAGUGACAUUUAAUUUCUGUUGUGACUUUGGGAGCAUGUGAGAAGGCACAUGAAGGAUGUAUUAACCUUUGAGGUGAGGUUCUGAUGCCUUCUGCCUUCCCUGAGGCUGUCAGGUUUGGGCCAAUUCCAUUUGAUUUUGGGUGACACCUGAUGAAGUGUCUGAGUAUUCUGGCUGCUUUUUAAGUUGGGGUUGUUUUUUUAAACCUGUCUUCAUGUGAACUGGGUGUUUCUUUUCAUAAUUAGGAGCUUCAAGUUUCACACAGGGGAAAACAGAGGGGCUGGAGAGAUUUCAGUUGGUUGUGAUGUGAUCAAAAUUCAUGCAGGUGUGAAGUAAAUUGGAUUUUGCAGCCCCUCUACUGCUGGUUUCCAGUGAAGGACCAGUCUCUAGGCCCAUUGUUUAACCACAAGCUACAUGAUUUUUCUGACACUUUUUGGAUCCUUUGUUUUAAGGCAGUGAAACGUUUUCAAAUGGGGUGAUCUAAGUGCAAAGUGCUGAUUUAAUUUUUAAAUUAAGCUCCAUUAAAGUUCAGAGACUUGCUGCUUUUCCUGA